AUGUCGUCCUCGUCUUCGGCUGUCGAGGCCAAGGCCUUCCCUGAUGGCACCACCGACUACGUGCCUCUGAGAAGCAGAAAGACAGACCUCGGCAAGGUUCACAUCUCGGAUACACCCAUGACUUGGUCAAACUGGCACAAGCACGUCAACUGGCUCAACACAACCUUCAUCAUUUUCAUUCCCUUGGCCGGCUUUGUCGCUGCCUACUGGGUUCCCCUUCAGCUCUACACUGCCAUCUUUGCCGUCAUUUACUACUUCAACACGGGCAUUGGUAUUACAGCAGGUUAUCACCGUCUUUGGUCUCACACCUCAUACAGAGCUAGCACGCCCCUCAAAAUCUACCUUGCCGCCGUUGGUGCUGGUGCUGUUGAAGGCUCUAUCCGUUGGUGGUCCCGCGGCCACCGCGCUCACCACCGAUACACCGACACCGAGAAGGAUCCCUACUCCGUGCGCAAGGGUCUUCUCUACUCUCACCUGGGAUGGAUGGUCUUCAAGCAGAAUCCCAAGCGCGCUGGCCGAACCGACAUCACCGACCUCAACGAGGAUCCCGUCGUUGUCUGGCAGCACCAGAACUACCUGAAGUGCGUCAUCUUCAUGGGACUCGUCUUUCCUACUUGCUUUUGCGGUCUCUUGUUCAACGAUUGGCUCGGCGGGUUCGUCUAUGCUGGUAUUCUGCGUAUUUGCUUCGUCCAGCAGGCUACUUUCUGUGUCAAUUCUCUGGCCCACUGGCUCGGUGACCAACCCUUUGAUGACCGCAACUCUCCUCGUGAUCAUUUCAUUACUGCUCUUGUCACUCUCGGGGAGGGAUACCACAAUUUUCAUCACGAGUUCCCGUCCGACUACCGGAACGCUAUUGAGUGGUGGCAGUACGACCCUACCAAGUGGGCUAUUUACGCAUGGAAAAUGCUUGGUCUCGCCUAUGACCUCAAGCAGUUCCGAGCCAACGAAAUCGAAAAGGGUCGUGUCCAGCAGCUGCAGAAGAAACUCGAUCAGAAGCGAGCCACCCUUGACUGGGGUACUCCUCUCGAGCAGCUCCCUGUUAUUAGCUGGGAUGAUUUUGUCGCGGAAUCCAAGAAUGGCAAGGGUCUAAUUGCAGUCGCUGGUGUUAUCCACGAUGUGACAGACUUCAUCAAGGACCACCCCGGUGGCAAGGCCCUCAUCUCAUCUGCUAUCGGCAAAGACGCCACGUCCAUUUUUAAUGGUGGUGUCUACAACCACUCCAACGCCGCCCACAACCUCUUGUCCACCAUGCGUGUUGGGGUCCUCCGUGGUGGAUGCGAAGUCGAGAUUUGGAAGCGCGCCCAGUUCGAGAACAAGGACGUUACAUAUAUGAACGAUUCCGCUGGCCAACGGAUCCACCGCGCCGGCAGCCAGGUCACCAAGGUCUCUCAGCCCGUUGCCAGCGCGGAUGCAGCCUAA